UUAGUGCCUGGGAAAGGUGUAUCGAGAUAGGUAGCAAUCGCACCACAAAACAUGGGAAGUAACUGCUGCAAGGGGGAAGCGGGCACGCAGGUGUACAAAGGCAACGGCACGGAAAUAUCGAUAGGACCUCGCCGUAGGAAAAGCCCCGUUUAUGUGGAGAUGAUGCGUGAGGAAACAUUCCAAGUGGAUGAAACGCCACACUAUGGAGCACCAUUUUUCCUAAGGAAGCUUAGCGACUAUACGGUGCUAGUAGGGACGAAGGCAAAACUAUCCGUGCACAUUUCAAACACUAGCGACGUGAAGGUUACAUGGUAUAAAGACAAUGUGCCUCUCGUCGAGUCUGAGCGCUACGUUUGCACCAGCAAGGGGCAGCUGCAUUCGCUCGAUAUUGCCACCGUUCUGCCCGAGGAUAAUGCCAAAUGGUCCUGCCAGGCGGAGAAUUUGCUUGGAAAAUGCGUGUGCAGUGGUCAGCUUACGGUGAGAGUGCCCGAAACGUACAAAGCACCGGAAUUUGUCGACGAACUGCGCGCCAUUCUCACCAGCCAGGGAACAAUCUCGCUAGAGUGCAAAGUAAUCGGCUAUCCGACGCCGGAACUUCGAUGGUUCAAGGACUCGAAAGAGAUCAAAGCGGGCGACAUGUUCGGGCUGACUAUCAACGGUGGCGAUUUAGCAUCGCUCGGCGUGUACACCUGUGUUGCCACGAAUUGUGUCGGUAAGAGCAGUUCCAGCUCUAAAGUACGGGUGCAGGAGCAGGACACAAUGACGAAAGAAAAAACGAUUGAUAAAAUUUCACCAGUUUUUAUCGAAGAACUCGAGCGAAUCAAGGGCAAAAUCGGCGAUCGAUUGGAGCUGCGUUGUAAAAUCAAUCUAUCUGCAGCUCCGUUGAGCGUUCGAUGGUACAACCAAAAUGGCCUGAUCGAAGCGAACGAAAAGUAUUCUAUAUUCGACGAUGGGUUGGGUUGCUUUCUUGUCGAUAUCAAUGCUGCGGAACUGUGCGAUGCCGGCGAAUGGAAGUGUGUCAUCACGUGCAAGGAUGGUUUAAUAGGCAUUACGACCAAUGUGGUGGAGCUGGAUGUGCCCAGAAACUAUCGUGCACCACGCUUUAUGGAAGGAUUGAAAGCAGUACUGACCGACGAAGGACUCGUGUCGUUCGAGUGUAAGGUGAUUGGCUACCCAACGCCAAUCCUACGUUGGUAUAAAGACGGCAGGGAGUUAAAGCCGGGCGAUGUGUACCAUUUGACCGGCGUGAAUUCGCUUGGAUCGUAUUGCUGCGUGGCUAGAAACAGCCUUGGGGAAGCAUCGAGUACUACCUUCCUGUCCGUAAACGAUAUUAAAGCACAGCUUAACGAGGAAGAAUGGCUUAACCUGCUGCAGGUAAACCAGGCGCCUGUGUUCAAGACCGGUCUGAUCAGCCGGGAUGUAAGCAUCGCCGAACCGUUUAGAUUAUCGGUCGUGGUAAGCUCCGUAUCGAAGCCCACGGUGAACUGGUACAAAGAUGAUCUGGUGGUGGAAGGUUCCGAUAACUAUAAGCUCUCCUCCGACGAAAGUACCUACACGUACAACAUCGACGUAGUGGUUGCACAGCUGGACGAUCAAGGAGAGUGGAAAUGUGUCGCUACAAACGAGUUCGGCCAGGCUGGUACGUCUUGUUUCGUGAAGCUUAUCAUACCGAAACACUACCGCAAGCCGAAAUUUUUGGAAAACUUGAAGGCGGUGAUGCUGCGCGAUGGCACGGUUAAUCUUGAAUGUAAGGUUAUCGGUGUGCCUCAGCCGGUGCUAAAGUGGUACAAGGAUGGUACAGAGCUGAAGCCGGGAGAUAUUCAUCGCAUUAUUACCGGCCAGGACGGUAAAUGUUGCUUGGGAACGUACACUUGCGAGGCGGUUAACUGUAUGGGAUCGGUUAGUAGUACUGCCUCACUGCACGGCUACGACGGUAUAGCCGAUGAAGGACCGUUACCACCGGAGGGAGCUGCACCACUCGUGAAGGACGCCUCACUAUCCACGAUACACGAGGAACGAACGUCACAAAUGUUCGACACGGCCGUAUCGUACGAGAGUGCGGCAAGCAACGGUCGUGGGGAGAUAUCGUUCACCUUUGACGGAAAGGAGGUAUCGGUGUCGCUAUACGAAACGCCGGAACUGACCAACGACGAAGCGUUGCAGAUAGUGCAAAUGUUCGCCGAUCAGUUGCAUCAAAAUAUUAACGAAAACGAAAACGUUACCAGCAUGCCAUCGUUACGAUUCGUGAAGGAAACGUCCACCUCAGGCCAGCUGGUAAUGGAAGCCCUUGUUAUAGACGUGCCGGUUGUGGAGGAUAACAAUGUGUUCGAAGAUGAUCGCCGUACGGACUUCGAUAUUGAUGAAAUGCACGACGAGAAUACGUUCACCUUCGAAAGUGGUAUUGCUUCAUCAAAGGUACGCACGCAUCGCCAAAGUAGCAACGAGCAAGAUGAAUUCCGCAGCAUGACACCGUCGGACCAUUCUGAUCUGGAGCAAGAUGUGAUGUUGAGUAUUCUGAGCAGGGAUAGCGUACCAGUGCUAACGAGCCCGGCAAAAACGGUAGACGUUGCGGCCGGUGACGACACUGCUGAACGGUUACAAUCGCUGGUCGAGACGGUCAUCUAUCAUCUUGCAUCGAUUCGUGAAGAAGUGAGAAGCCAGACGGAUCUUGCCAUUACGGCAAACUUCCGAGAAAGGAGUGAAAAGAUUCUAGCAGACAUCCUCUAUCCGGUGCAGCAGCUGCACAAACAUUUAUCUGGUCCUGUGGUUUUGGAGAAUUUGCUGGAUCCGUUGGAAAAUCUGGCCCGGGGAUUGAGUGUAGUGGAAAAGUGUGUUCAAAUCGGUGGAUAUAGCCGCACGUUUGUUUACCGUACAAGCGUGUGCAUUGUGGAAGGAUGCGGUAAACAGAUAUUGAACUGCCUCACCGAUAUGCGCACAUUGGCUGGUCAGCAGCUCGACGCAGAUUUUGUCACGCAACAAAAGAUCUACAUGGCGCUACUGGAGGUGCAGACAAGCGUUGAAUCGGCGCUGGAGAGCAUACAAUCACAGCGCAUCCUUGAGGAUGCCGAUUCGGUUGCGGCUCGGCAGGAUCUCACCAGCAUCGUUACAAAUCGUUCCAUCUUCGAAGACAUCGAUUUCAUUCUGAAGGCUGACGAGCCUAUUGGUGGGCUGCAGAUUAAAAACUUGCAAAUAACCGUGUUGGAAUUCGAAAAGUCCCUUGCGACCAUACUUACGAUUGUUUCUCAGUCGGAAAAUUGCAACGUACGAUCGGAAAUUGCUAGAUUUGGGUUGACGGAGGUGUUGCUAGAAUUGAAGAACAAGACAGAGGUACUGCUAGUGCAGAGUACCGAGCAACGUCAGCAGAGGAUAGUUACAGGAGAAAUGAAACCGGCCGUUACCGAAUUGAACAGCUUGGUAGACAUGGUGGAAGCAAACGAAUCGUACGCGGAGGUGAUCAACUGUCUCAACGAUAUGUUUGUGCCUUUGGAAGAAAUGAAAACGGCUCUGUCGAAGCUAUCGAACGAGCUGCGCCAUGUACCCGAGAAGGAGUACAGCAGCAAUCAAGCACUUGAGCAACAGAUUGAAGAGUUUUAUGAAUUGAUUGUACACCUUAAGGAGGAGAUACAACGAACGAGCAAAGAAUAUAGCCACAAUUCGGAUGUAUUUGAGCGGCUAGAAGAUUGUCUCAACCGUCUAUUUUGCAUUCAUACCGCAGAUUCGAUAGACGAUGAGGAAUGUGCUAGGAUGGAGAUUGUGUUGAUACAGCUAUUGAUGAAUCAUUUAACAAAGAUCGAAUUGUCUCUUCAAGAGAAAACUGAACAAGAAAUGCUUUCCUACUUGACGACUGCUUUCUUGAAUGUGCAUGAUAAUUUACAACACUUCAGCUACAUGCGCUCGAACAGUAAAUAUGAAAAGAUACGACAGGAUAUAUUGCAGCACGCUAGAAAGAUGGUCUUUUACCUUAUUGAAAAGGAGACCUCCGUUACCUCAACUGAGGAGCGGCGUAAGGCUAUUUUUGAAAUAGCACUCUUUUCGAUUCACAGUGACGCAGCACGGAUGAAAGAUGGAUUGGGGAAAAAUUUCUCAGAACAUGACAUUCGCGAGAGUAUCCAGCAUGAGAAGGACACCCGAGCAAAGGCAUCGCAGAUGCAACAAGGAGCUCUGGAUUCACUGAGGCAAUCGUUGUCUGAUGUCCAACAACUCAUCAAGACGGAGAUUGUAGUGAAAGAUGUUUCGAAGCCGUUGUUCGCUUUGGAGAGUACGAUCAACGAGCUUGUGGGUCAGCCUAUGCAGAUGCAAAGCAUCGAGCUUGUGAACGCCAUUGCAUCGCCGAUCGCGAAGGUGACCGAGACAUUGAAGAACAUCGACCUGCAAUCGGCUCAUGUAGAGCCGACGGUAGUGUUGGAGGACUGUUUGCUCCAAAUGUGCGAGUCAUUCGAAAAGGCGCAGUUCGAACACUCUGUGGAACAGGCGAAGGAAAGCACUGCUCAUAGCAAACUGCUUGAGACGGUUACUCAUGUACAGCAUGACAUUCGCGAGAGUAUCCAGCAUGAGAAGGACACCCGAGCAAAGGCAUCGCAGAUGCAACAAGGAGCUCUGGAUUCACUGAGGCAAUCGUUAUCUGAUGUCCAACAACUCAUCAAGACGGAGAUUGUAGUGAAAGAUGUUUCGAAGCCGUUGUUCGCUUUGGAGAGUACGAUCAACGAGCUGGUGGGUCAGCCUAUGCAGAUGCAAAGCAUCGAGCUUGUGAACGCCAUUGCAUCGCCGAUCGCGAAGGUGACCGAGACAUUGAAGAACAUCGAUCUGCAAUCGGCUCAUGUAGAGCCAACCGUAGUGUUGGAGGACUGUUUGCUCCAAAUGUGCGAGUCAUUCGAAAAGGCGCAGUUCGAACACUCUGUGGAACAGGCGAAGGAAAGCACUGCUCAUAACAAACUGCUUGAGACGGUUACUCAUGUACAGCAUGACAUUCGCGAGAGUAUCCAGCAUGAGAAGGACACCCGAGCAAAGGCAUCGCAGAUGCAACAAGGAGCUCUGGAUUCACUGAGGCAAUCGUUAUCUGAUGUCCAACAACUCAUCAAGACGGAGAUUGUAGUGAAAGAUGUUUCGAAGCCGUUGUUCGCUUUGGAGAGUACGAUCAACGAGCUUGUGGGUCAGCCUAUGCAGAUGCAAAGCAUCGAGCUUGUGAACGCCAUUGCAUCGCCGAUCGCGAAGGUGACCGAGACAUUGAAGAACAUCGAUCUGCAAUCGGCUCAUGUAGAGCCAACCGUAGUGUUGGAGGACUGUUUGCUCCAAAUGUGCGAGUCAUUCGAAAAGGCGCAGUUCGAACACUCUGUGGAACAGGCGAAGGAAAGCACUGCUCAUAGCAAACUGCUUGAGACGGUUACUCAUGUACAGCAUGACAUUCGCGAGAGUAUCCAGCAUGAGAAGGACACCAGAGCAAAGGCAUCGCAGAUGCAACAAGGAGCUCUGGAUUCACUGAGGCAAUCGUUGUCUGAUGUCCAACAACUCAUCAAGACGGAGAUUGUAGUGAAAGAUGUUUCGAAGCCGUUGUUCGCUUUGGAGAGUACGAUCAACGAGCUUGUGGGUCAGCCUAUGCAGAUGCAAAGCAUCGAGCUUGUGAACGCCAUUGCAUCGCCGAUCGCGAAGGUGACCGAGACAUUGAAGAACAUCGACCUGCAAUCGGCUCAUGUAGAGCCAACCGUAGUGUUGGAGGACUGUUUGCUCCAAAUGUGCGAGUCAUUCGAAAAGGCGCAGUUCGAACACUCUGUGGAACAGGCGAAGGAAAGCACUGCUCAUAGCAAACUGCUUGAGACGGUUACUCAUGUACAGCAUGACAUUCGCGAGAGUAUCCAGCAUGAGAAGGACACCAGAGCAAAGGCAUCACAGAUGCAACAAGGAGCUCUGGAUUCACUGCGGCAAUCGUUGUCUGAUGUCCAACAACUCAUCAAGACGGAGAUUGUAGUGAAAGAUGUUUCGAAGCCGUUGUUCGCUUUGGAGAGUACGAUCAACGAGCUGGUGGGUCAGCCUAUGCAGAUGCAAAGCAUCGAGCUUGUGAACGCCAUUGCAUCGCCGAUCGCGAAGGUGACCGAGACAUUGAAGAACAUCGACCUGCAAUCGGCUCAUGUAGAGCCAACCGUAGUGUUGGAGGACUGUUUGCUCCAAAUGUGCGAGUCAUUCGAAAAGGCGCAGUUCGAACACUCUGUGGAACAGGCGAAGGAAAGCACUGCUCAUAGCAAACUGCUUGAGACGGUUACUCAUGUACAGCAUGACAUUCGCGAGAGUAUCCAGCAUGAGAAGGACACCAGAGCAAAGGCAUCGCAGAUGCAACAAGGAACUCUGGAUUCACUGAGGCAAUCGUUGUCUGAUGUCCAACAACUCAUCAAGACGGAGAUUGUAGUGAAAGAUGUUUCGAAGCCGUUGUUCGCUUUGGAGAGUACGAUCAACGAGCUGGUGGGUCAGCCUAUGCAGAUGCAAAGCAUCGAGCUUGUGAACGCCAUUGCAUCGCCGAUCGCGAAGGUGACCGAGACAUUGAAGAACAUCGACCUGCAAUCGGCUCAUGUAGAGCCAACCGUAGUGUUGGAGGACUGUUUGCUCCAAAUGUGCGAGUCAUUCGAAAAGGCGCAGUUCGAACACUCUGUGGAACAGGCGAAGGAAAGCACUGCUCAUAGCAAACUGCUUGAGACGGUUACUCAUGUACAGCAUGACAUUCGCGAGAGUAUCCAGCAUGAGAAGGACACCAGAGCAAAGGCAUCGCAGAUGCAACAAGGAGCUCUGGAUUCACUGAGGCAAUCGUUGUCUGAUGUCCAACAACUCAUCAAGACGGAGGUUGUAGUGAAAGAUGUUUCGAAGCCGUUGUUCGCUUUGGAGAGUACGAUCAACGAGCUGGUGGGUCAGCCUAUGCAGAUGCAAAGCAUCGAGCUUGUGAACGCCAUUGCAUCGCCGAUCGCGAAGGUGACCGAGACAUUGAAGAACAUCGACCUGCAAUCGGCUCAUGUAGAGCCAACCGUAGUGUUGGAGGACUGUUUGCUCCAAAUGUGCGAGUCAUUCGAAAAGGCGCAGUUCGAACACUCUGUGGAACAGGCGAAGGAAAGCACUGCUCAUAGCAAACUGCUUGAGACGGUUACUCAUGUACAGCAUGACAUUCGCGAGAGUAUCCAGCAUGAGAAGGACACCAGAGCAAAGGCAUCGCAGAUGCAACAAGGAGCUCUGGAUUCACUGAGGCAAUCGUUGUCUGAUAUCCAACAACUCAUCAAGACGGAGAUUGUAGUGAAAGAUGUUUCGAAGCCGUUGUUCGCUUUGGAGAGUACGAUCAACGAGCUGGUGGGUCAGCCUAUGCAGAUGCAAAGCAUCGAGCUUGUGAACGCCAUUGCAUCGCCGAUCGCGAAGGUGACCGAGACAUUAAAGAACAUCGACCUGCAAUCGGCUCAUGUAGAGCCAACCGUAGUGUUGGAGGACUGUUUGCUCCAAAUGUGUGAGUCAUUCGAAAAGGCGCAGUUCGAACACUCUGUGGAACAGGCGAAGGAAAGCACUGCUCAUAGCAAACUGCUUGAGACGGUUACUCAUGUACAGCAUGACAUUCGCGAGAGUAUCCAGCAUGAGAAGGACACCAGAGCAAAGGCAUCGCAGAUGCAACAAGGAGCUCUGGAUUCACUGAGGCAAUCGUUGUCUGAUGUCCAACAACUCAUCAAGACGGAGAUUGUAGUGAAAGAUGUUUCGAAGCCGUUGUUCGCUUUGGAGAGUACGAUCAACGAGCUGGUGGGUCAGCCUAUGCAGAUGCAAAGCAUCGAGCUUGUGAACGCCAUUGCAUCGCCGAUCGCGAAGGUGACCGAGACAUUGAAGAACAUCGACCUGCAAUCGGCUCAUGUAGAGCCAACCGUAGUGUUGGAGGACUGUUUGCUCCAAAUGUGUGAGUCAUUCGAAAAGGCGCAGUUCGAACACUCUGUGGAACAGGCGAAGGAAAGCACUGCUCAUAGCAAACUGCUUGAGACGGUUACUCAUGUACAGCAUGACAUUCGCGAGAGUAUCCAGCAUGAGAAGGACACCAGAGCAAAGGCAUCGCAGAUGCAACAAGGAGCUCUGGAUUCACUGAGGCAAUCGUUGUCUGAUGUCCAACAACUCAUCAAGACGGAGAUUGUAGUGAAAGAUGUUUCGAAGCCGUUGUUCGCUUUGGAGAGUACGAUCAACGAGCUGGUGGGUCAGCCUAUGCAGAUGCAAAGCAUCGAGCUUGUGAACGCCAUUGCAUCGCCGAUCGCCAAAGUGACCGAGACAUUGAAGAACAUCGACCUGCAAUCGGCUCAUGUAGAGCCGACGGUAGUGUUGGAGGACUGUUUGCUCCAAAUGUGCGAGUCAUUCGAAAAGGCGCAGUUCGAACACUCUGUGGAACAGGCGAAGGAAAGCACUGCUCAUAGCAAACUGCUUGAGACGGUUACUCAUGUACAGCAUGACAUUCGCGAGAGUAUCCAGCAUGAGAAGGACACCAGAGCAAAGGCAUCGCAGAUGCAACAAGGAGCUCUGGAUUCACUGAGGCAAUCGUUGUCUGAUGUCCAACAACUCAUCAAGACGGAGAUUGUAGUGAAAGAUGUUUCGAAGCCGUUGUUCGCUUUGGAGAGUACGAUCAACGAGCUUGUGGGUCAGCCUAUGCAGAUGCAAAGCAUCGAGCUUGUGAACGCCAUUGCAUCGCCGAUCGCGAAGGUGACCGAGACAUUGAAGAACAUCGACCUGCAAUCGGCUCAUGUAGAGCCGACGGUAGUGUUGGAGGACUGUUUGCUCCAAAUGUGCGAGUCAUUCGAAAAGGCGCAGUUCGAACACUCUGUGGAACAGGCGAAGGAAAGCACUGCUCAUAGCAAACUGCUUGAGACGGUUACUCAUGUACAGCAUGACAUUCGCGAGAGUAUCCAGCAUGAGAAGGACACCAGAGCAAAGGCAUCGCAGAUGCAACAAGGAGCUCUGGAUUCACUGAGGCAAUCGUUGUCUGAUGUCCAACAACUCAUCAAGACGGAGAUUGUAGUGAAAGAUGUUUCGAAGCCGUUGUUCGCUUUGGAGAGUACGAUCAACGAGCUGGUGGGUCAGCCUAUGCAGAUGCAAAGCAUCGAGCUUGUGAACGCCAUUGCAUCGCCGAUCGCCAAGGUGACCGAGACAUUGAAGAACAUCGACCUGCAAUCGGCUCAUGUAGAGCCGACGGUAGUGUUGGAGGACUGUUUGCUCCAAAUGUGCGAGUCAUUCGAAAAGGCGCAGUUCGAACACUCUGUGGAACAGGCGAAGGAAAGCACUGCUCAUAGCAAACUGCUUGAGACGGUUACUCAUGUACAGCAUGACAUUCGCGAGAGUAUCCAGCAUGAGAAGGACACCAGAGCAAAGGCAUCGCAGAUGCAACAAGGAGCUCUGGAUUCACUGAGGCAAUCGUUGUCUGAUGUCCAACAACUCAUCAAGACGGAGAUUGUAGUGAAAGAUGUUUCGAAGCCGUUGUUCGCUUUGGAGAGUACGAUCAACGAGCUUGUGGGUCAGCCUAUGCAGAUGCAAAGCAUCGAGCUUGUGAACGCCAUUGCAUCGCCGAUCGCGAAGGUGACCGAGACAUUGAAGAACAUCGACCUGCAAUCGGCUCAUGUAGAGCCAACCGUAGUGUUGGAGGACUGUUUGCUCCAAAUGUGCGAGUCAUUCGAAAAGGCGCAGUUCGAACACUCUGUGGAACAGGCGAAGGAAAGCACUGCUCAUAGCAAACUGCUUGAGACGGUUACUCAUGUACAGCAUGACAUUCGUGAGAGUAUCCAGCAGGAGAGAAAGGGCAGAGAAAAUUAUAAAUUGGAAUUACUGAAGGCGGUUGAUGUAGACCAAUUGGAAUUAAAGGAAAAUAAUUUGGUAGUUCAAAAACGCGGAGAAGCUGGAGAACAGCAGAUAGAUCUAGAGGUUAAGAAAAUAAUCGAAGAGGACAUCAAAAAUCCGCCCAAAGCUGAAGAAAUUUCGAAGAGAGAGGUAGAGGAAGAAGCUAUGAAAUAUCAGAGCGAAACAGAAUCAACGAAGACGCAGGAGGAGAAUGAAAUCCAAAAGAAGAAAGCUGAAGAUGAAUGUAAAAAGAAGCAGGGAAAUAAAGAAGCUACACAAACGAAGAAGUCCGAUAAAGAGAUCAAGAAAAAGAAGGUAGACGACGAACUAAAGGGAAAACAGGAAGUGGAAGAAAUAACAAAGAAAAAGGCCGAAGGAGAAGAUACGGAAAAGAUGGUAGAAGAGGAAGCCAUGAAGAAGCAGGAAGAAGAAGAAAUUGAGAAAAAGAAGAAUGCAGUAGAAGAAACUCAGAAGAAGAAAACAGACGAAGAGGCAAAGAGGAUACAGGAAGAAGCAGCAAAGGUAAAAGCUGAAGAAGUGGCCAAACACAAGAAGGCAGAAGAGGAAGCCAAAAAUAAGCAGAAAGAAGAAGAGGCCAUAAAAAAGAAGGUGGAGGAAGAAACAAGAAAGAAACAGGAAAACGAGGAAGGGGCAAAGAAGAAGGCUGAAGAAGAGAAGAAGCAGAAGGCAGAGGAAGAGGCAAAGAAUAAGCAAGAAGAAGAAGAAGCUACAAAGAAGAAGAAAGCUGAAGAAAAGGAUGAGAAGAAGGCAGCGGAACAAAUAAAGAAGAAAGAAGAGGAGAAAGCAGCUAAGAAAAAGGUCGAAGAAGAGACCAAGAUGAAGAAGGCGGAAGAAGAAGCUAAAAAGAAACAGGAAGAGGCAAAGAAAAAGAAGAUGGAAGAAGAGGCUUUAAAGAAGCAGGAAGAGGAAGAAGCUAAGAAAAAGAAGGAGGCAGAAGAAGAGGCUAAGAAAAAGAAGAUAGAGGAAGAGGCUAAGAAGAAGAAGGCAGAUGAAGAGACAAAGAGGAAACAGGAAGAGGAGAAAGCAGCUAAAGAAAAGAACGAAGAAGAGACCAAGAAGAAGAUGGCCGAAGAGGAAGCUAAGAAGAAGGCAGAAGAGGAAGCCAAAAAGAAGCAGGAAGAGGAAGCCAAACAGAAGCAGGAAGAGGAGGAAGUAAAGAAGAAUAAAAAGGCUGAGGAAGAGGCUAAGAAGAAGAAGGCAGAAGAGGACGCCAAUAAGAAACGGGAAGAGGAAGAGGAAAAGAAAAAGAAGAUGGAUGAGGAGGCAAAGAAGAAGGCAGAAGAUGAGGCAUUAAAGAAACAGGAGGAGGAAGAAGCAGCGAAGAAGAAAGCCGAAGAAGAGGCUAAAAAGAUGAAAGCUGUAGAAGACGCCAAAAAGAAGCAGGAAGAAAAAGAAGCUAAAGAAAAGAAGAAAGCUGAUGAAGCGGCUAAGAAGAAAAAAGAGGAAGAAGAGGCAAAACAGAAGAAAACAGCGGAAGAGGCAAAGAAAAAACAAGAAGAGGAGGAAACAGCAAGGAAAAAGGCCGAAGAAGAAGCCAAAACGAAAAAAGCAAAGGAAGAAGCUAAGAAGAAGGCAGAGGAAGAUGCUAAGAGGAAACAGGAAGAGGAAGAAACAACUAAGCAAAAGGCUGACCAAGAGGCUAAGAAGAAGGCGGAUGAAGAGGCAAAAAGGAAACAGGAAGAGGAGAAAGCAGCUAAAGAAAAAGCCGAAGAAGAGACCAAGAAAAAGAAGGCAGAACAGGAAGCUAAUAAUAAACAAAGAGAAGAAGAAGCCAAGAAGAAAAAGACUGAGGACGAAGCUAAGAAGAAGCAAGAAGAGGAAGAAGCAACGAAAAAGAAGAAGGCUGAAGAAAAGGCCAAAAAGGCAGAAGAGGAAGCCAAGAAAAAGCAGGAAGAGGAAGAAGUAAAGAAGAAGAAAAAGGCUGAGGAAGAGGCUAAGAAGAAGAAGGUAGAGGAAGAAGCAGCAAAGGAAAAAGCUGAGGCAGAGGCGAAGAAGAAGAAGGCAGAAGAGGAAGCCAAAAAGAAGCAGGAAGAGGAGGAAGUAAAGAAGAAGGAAAAGGCUGAGGAAGAGGCUAAGAAGAAGAAGGCAGAAGAGGACGCUAAUAAGAAACGGGAAGAGGAAGAGACAAAGAAAAAGAAGAUGGAAGAGGAGGCAAAGAAGAAGAAUGCAGAAGAUGAGGCAUUAAAGAAACAGGAAGAAGAAGAAGCAGCAAAGAAGAAAGCCGAGGAAGAGGCUAAGAAGAAGAAGGCAGAAGCGGAAGCCAAGAAGAAGCAGGAAGAGGAAGCUAGGAAGAUGCAGGAAGAGGAAGCCAAAAAGAAGCAGGAAGAGGAGGAAGUAAAGAAGAAGAAAAAGGCUGAGGAAGAGGCUAAGAAGAAGAAGGCAGAAGAGGACGCUAAUAAGAAACGAGAAGAGGAAGAGACAAAGAAAAAGAAGAUGGAAGAGGAGGCAAAGAAGAAGAAGGCAGAAGAUGAGGCAUUAAAGAAACAGGAAGAGGAAAAAGCAGCGAAGAAGAAAGCUGAAGAAGAGGCUAAGAAGAAAAAGGCAGAAGAGGAAGCCAAGAAGAAGCAGGAAGAGGAAGAGGCACACAGAAGGAAGAAAGAAGAAGAGGCAAAGAAGAAGAAGGUAGAGGAAGAGGCAGCAAAGGAAAAAGCUGAAGCAGAGGCGAAGAAAAAGAAGGCAGAAGAGGAAGCCAAAAAGAAGCAGGAAGAGGAAGCCAGAAAGAAGCAGGAAGAGGAAGAAGUAAAGAAAAAGAAAAAGGCAGAGGACGAGGCUAAGAAAAAGAAGGCAGAAGAGGACGCCAAUAAGAAACGGGAAGAGGAAGAGGCAAAGAAAAAGAAGAUGGAGGAGGAGGAGGCAAAGAAGAAGAAGGCAGAAGAUGAGGCGUUAAAAAAACAGGAAGAGGAAAAAGCAGCAAAGAAGAAAGCUGAAGAAGAGGCUAAGAAGAAAAAGGCAGAAGCGGAAGCCAAGAAGAAGCAGGAAGAGGAAGCUAAAAAGAAGAAGGAAGAGGAAGCCAAAAAGAAGCAGGAAGAGGAAGCCAAAAAGAAGCAGGAAGAGGAAGAAGUAAAGAAAAAGAAAAAGGCUGAGGACGAGGCUAAGAAGAAGGCAGAAGAGGACGCUAAUAAGAAACGGGAAGAGGAAGAGGCAAAGAAAAAGAAGAUGGAGGAGGAGGAGGCAAAGAAGAAGAAGGCAGAAGAUGAGGCAUUAAAGAAACAGGAAGAGGAAAAAGCAGCGAAGAAGAAAGCUGAAGAAGAGGCUAAGAAGAAAAAGGCAGAAGCGGAAGCCAAGAAGAAGCAGGAAGAGGAAGCUAGAAAGAAGCAGGAAGAGGAAGCCAAAAAGAAGCAGGAAGAAGAGGAAGAAAAGAAGAAGAAAAAGGCUGAGGAAGAGGCUAAGAAGAAGAAGGCAGAAGAGGACGCUAAUAAGAAACGGGAAGAGGAAGAGACAAAGAAAAAGAAGAUGGAAGAGGAGGCAAAGAAGAAGAAUGCAGAAGAUGAGGCAUUAAAGAAACAGAAGGAGGAAGAAGCAGCAAAGAAGAAAGCCGAAGAAGAGGCUAAGAAAAAGAAGGCAGAAGCGGAAGCCAAGAAGAAGCAGGAAGAGGAAGAGGCAAAGAAAAAGAAGAAGGAAGAACAGUCUAAGAAGCAAAUGGAAGAAGAAGAGGCAAAGAGGAAACAGGAAGAGGAUGAGGUAGCAAAGAAGAAGGCCAAAGAAGAAGCCAAGAAAAAGAAGGCAGAAGAGGAAGCCAAGAGAAAGCAAGAAGAAGAAGAAACGGCUAAGAAUAAGAAGAAGGAGGAGGAAGAAGCGAAGAAAAAGAAGGCUGAUGAGGAAGCCAGAAAGAAGCAGGAAGAGGAAGAAGUAAAGAAAAAGAAAAAAGCUGAGGACGAGGCUAAGAAAAAGAAGGCAGAAGAGGAUGCCAAUAAUAAACGGGAAGAGGAAGAGGCAAAGAAAAAGAAGAUGGAGGAGAAGGAGGCUAAGAAGAAGAAGGCAGAAGAUGAGGCAUUACAGAAACAGGAAGACGAUGUUAGAAGACAAGAAGCCCAUGAGGGAGUCAAGAAAAAGAAGAUUGAGGAAGAGAAGACGAAGAAAGAAGAAGAGAAAGAAGCUAAACGAAAGAAGACUGAGGAAAUCGCUCUGAAGAAACAGGAGGCGGAGUUUGCUAGAAUGAAUCUAAAUGCAAUCAGUGCGCAAUCAACAACAUCUAUCCGGGAGGGAGUGUUUCUUUCUGACGCUUCCAACAACCGUAAUGCAAAGUUGAUUAUUAAAAUCCAAAAGCUGUUCGACAAUUUCCAUCAAAUGUUGUUGGAAAUCAAGCGUAUGUUCUUGACAAAUAAUGCUGGUAAAAACCUGUCCGCUGAACUAAGAAACGUGAAGCUUAGCCUCAUGACCUCCGAGGACCUAGAGUUUUAUGAUGUUGAAAUGCCGCUUCUGAAGCUUUUCCAUACACCGAUAGCUACAUUCAUCGACAUAUUAUCCCGAAUUGAUCUGUACUCGGAACAACCCGAAACAUGGAAAGCAUUGGAAGAUGGUGUGCUGCAAGUGCUUGAAUCAUUUAUGCAACUGCAGCAGAGAAGUGAACACCUGCAAGGAACAGAAUGGCGAGCAGUGUAUACGUUCUACAAAACCAUAAUAGUACUUUUGACUGAAACUAGACAAUGCAUUUAUCAGCGACGAUCUACGCAAGCGGAAACCGAGCUUGCAUUGAGCAAAACGAAUGUGGAGCUACAACUGUUGCAAAAGGAUCUCGAGUAUAUUCGGUUAAACUCAACCGAUCGAGCAGAUUUUGCAUCCAAAACCGUAGAAUCAUACUUUGCUUUACUUUGUAGGACUUUAACCCUGUUACACCCAUCAGUAGAGGCCACUAUGAAGAAGCCAUCGUACUCGACAUGUGUGAACAUUUUGCUACAGCUUGCCGUGCCCGUGCACGAUCUGGUAAAGGAAUUGCCUUCGGGCACGAGCUGGACUGUGGAGUUUGUAACUCCAGCGCUGAAGCAUAACUUGAGACAGUUGUAUCGCGUCGUUUCUUUAAUGUCCCAGCAACAUAUCACCAGAAUACGCAACGAGCGCGAAGUUACGAUCGUGGAGGAGUUAAGACGACAUUUGUUGAGUUUAGAUAAGGUAUUGAAGGCACUACUUGAUCUGCAUAGUAAGGUAGAAAUGCAGAAGGAGCUUCUAGACACCAUACGUCGGAACUUGAUUACGUUAAAGAGUGUCAUGAUGCAGGUUAGGACGGAUUACUGUAUACCGUCGCUAGUGGAGAAAGACGAUCAGUUGCUAUCGGCCUUUGAGAUGGUGGUUGAAAAAUUGACGAUUAACCCACUGCAGCUAGACUCCGUGGAGUAUCUUCGAUUGCUAGCAGAAUCUCUGGAGAAACACUGCGACAUUAUGCGCAGACUGAGUAACAAUGUCACAAUUUCCGAUUGGUUGUUGCGCUAUCAGCUGCAGUUGCUGAAGAUUUUCGACACGAUCGAGUUUUGUCUGAGCGAGGAACAGUUUAUAGUGAUAGGUAGCAAGGAGAAGUACACACGCACCAGCACGCAAGAUGCGAUACAUGCUGUGAAGCAGAUGAUAACGCACUAUAAGAUCACUAGCAGUCAGCAACAGCAAGUGCGCCGUGAGCAAGCACCGGAACCAACCCAUAUUAAGGUGAUUGCGGCCCGCCAGGGGCUCACAGACACGCCCGAACCUGUGGCGCGAAGUGUCCAGGAAAGAAGUCCUAGACGUGCGCCGGAUGUUAGACAACAGCGCUCCGACACUGUACGACGCCAUGCCACCAGAAGCCCGCUCGGUAUGCGGGACGAUCCACCGCGCAGCUCGUCCAGAUGUAGCUUGGGGGCCCUCCCGUCCAAACGUGGGCCAUCGUUCGCGGUGUACCUGAAGAAUGUAUUCAUCGAACGAGAGCACAGCUUCAAGCUGCUGUGCGUGGUACUGGAUUCGGAAAUCGAUGUACGGUGGACGAAGGAUGGUAGCGAUAUCACCCAAACCGGACGCUACCGAAUGAUGCAGAAGAACGGGCUGAUUACGCUGCAGGUGGACCAUGCGGAAUACGAGGAUACGGGCGUGUAUGCGUGCCACGUUUUCAACAACUACGGCCAGUCGUUCAACAAGUGCACCGUCGAGGUGUAUGAUACCAGCGAUGAUAUCAUCUGCUCGUCAUUCAGCAUACCGCACAAAAUGGAUUCCCGACCUGGAACCACAUUCGCAAACAUGACGGGCAGACGGGAGCGGCGCUCACGCUCGAAAAAGAACCAGCCGGAGGAACCGGUGCAGGUGGAGGUAACACCGGCCGAACCGACGAUGCUGGAUCUGCUCAAGAUUCCUGGCCGGGGUGAUUCGCCGCGCGAUUUUCGCAGCUUGCAUCGCGAAAAGUCCCCAUUCGAAAUAGGUGAGAGACCGGACGUGCAGGUCGCGUCCCAGAAAGCCAUCAUCGACAAGGCGCUCGUGAUGGAUAUCUCGGGCGGUGUGACGAACGUGGACGAGUACAUCUCGCUGUUCUUCACCGACUCGUGCUCGCUGGAUCCGGCCAGCUGCGGUGACAUAUCGACCGUCAAGGUGGUCGUCGUCGAGGAGGAAAUGGCCGAACCCGAACCACCGAAACCGGCCGAGGAGCACUCCAAAACCGAGGCGGAAGCCGCGGCCGAGCUGGCCCGCAUACAGGAGGAGGAAGAAGGUAAGUCCGCGAAGGAACCGACACCGCCGCCACCGCCACCGCCAGAGCCAGAACCAGAGCCAGAGCCAGAACCGGUGGAGGAGGAAGAGGAGGAAGAGGAAGAGGAGGAGGAACCCGAACCCGAACCGCCUCGGGCACCGACGCCCCCUCCACCGAAGGAGCCGACGCCCGAGCCGGAACCGAUAAAGCCACCGCCCGAGCCCGAAUAUGACUCAGACGUAGAGCUGAUACCGGUGAAGGAAGAGUUCGAUCCGUCGGUGUGGAAGAGCAUCGACAGUCUCGAACAGCAGCUGCAGCAGCAGGCCGAGGCAGAAGCGAAGCCCAGUGCGAAAGUGAAAUCCCGUGAGGCGUCCCGCCGCGAAUCGACAACAGAGAUGACGGAACGGGAGCGUGACCUGGAAUGGCAGCGGCAGCGCCAGAUGAUGCGACCACCGCUGGUCAUCUCGCACCUGAAGGCACGGGCUGCCCCGAAGGGCUCGACGGUGAAGCUAACCUGCAGCAUCUCCGGCCCGGGCAUCACGGUGCGCUGGCUCAAGAAUGGUGACCCGAUCGAGAAGAGCAACAAGCACACCUUCAAGGUGAGCGAGGGUCUGCUCAGCCUCGAGAUCAAGGACGUCGAUACGGUCGAUGCGGGCGAGUACGCCUGCAUGAUCAAGAACAAGAACGGUGAAACGUCCACCAGCACCACGCUAACGGUGUAUGAAAAUUACGAAACCAAACCUACGCCACCGACGUUCAUCUCCAUCAAAGAACCGCCCGUCGCAGAAGCACCUCCACCGGCAGCUAGUGCUGCCGAGGAACAGCCAACGGAAGCCACGGGCGAAGAAGGCGAGGCACCGAUCGUACCAUCGGAAGCGGGUGGCCAUGCAAAACACAGACGCUUGGUACCGGAGAAGUCUCCAUCGCCGCCACCGAUCGGUGGGGAUAUGGCACGCUACUACCACAAGAAGAUCCUGCACCACCGGGACAAGCUGCAAUGGUCGGUGCACCUGACCAACCGGGCGAUCGUGGCCGGCCACCGGCUGAAGCUGAUGUGCUGUGCGACAGGAUUUGAUCCAACGCUGGAAUGGUUUAAGGAUGGCCAGCCGGUCGAAUAUGACGACCACAUCGUCGAUAUGAAUGACAUGCACCGUGGAGCUUACGGCUGUUUAUGGGUAAACGAUGUCACCGUGAAGGAUGCGGGCGAGUACAAGUGCAAGGCGAAGAAUGGCAUGGAAGAAAUCGAAACCGUGUGCAAGUUGACGGUUGUCGAGCCUGUGACAACCGUGCAAACCUUUGCACCGACGUUCGUGCGCAUGGUAAGAGAAAACUACGACUCGUACAGCAACAUACUGACGGUAGAGUUCGUGAUCCGUGCCAAUCCGACACCAACGCUCACGUGGUACAAAGGUAUCAUCAAGCUAGGUGUCUACCCGGACACGCAUAUGCGCAUCUCGCAACACUUUGACGAAACGGCCGAACAUACGAUCGCAUCGCUCGUGUUUUACGAUCCCUCGUACACGGACAAUGGCGAGUACAUUUGCAUCGCAUCGAACAGCGUCGGUGAGGCCACGUGCAAGCACAUGCUAGACUUCUGCAGCAAGGAGCAGUACUUUGAAUGGCUCGCCAAGAAGCGGCCUGGUUGGUUUAAGGCGGAAUCGUACAUACCGGUCGAACCGGCGCCCACCUUCGGCGGCGAUGAGGAGGGCGAGGAGGGCGAAGAAGAGGGCGAGGAAGAGGAGGAAGCAGAAGGUGAGGAGGGUGAAGGCCCGAGGGAACCGAAAGUAAAGCGGGCUCCCAAGCUUCCCGAUGUCAAGGAGUUGCCGGAGGAGGAAACGAAAGCUGAAGCGGAAGCCCAAGCGCAAGCCGAGCGGUCCGUGCAGAUAGUGGUCCCGGAACCGGACCCGGCCGCCACCAAAGCCAAGGACGCGGAACCGGAACCGGAAACGAUGUACAAGCGUCGAAAGUCGCGUACGCAAGUUGCGCUGGAAGAGUUCGAACGGCGCAAAAAGUUCGAUUUCGUGUCGCACAUGGCGAAUGUGCGUGUGGAACCGGGCAAGACGAUGCGUUUAAUCGCGUACGUGAAAUGUCCGGAGGAGGUAUCGUCCUACUGGAAGAAGGAUGGGCGCGUGCUGGGCAAUGGGUUACGGCUCACCCACACCACCAUGCGCUGUGGAACGUGUGUGCUGGAGAUCGAGAAAUGCAAAUAUCGGGAUGCCGGCACCUUUACAUGCGUCGCCAAAUGUCCGACGUACGGUGAGAUCGAGCAAAGCUGCACGGUAGCCGUUGUCGAGAAGACGGAAAUUAAGGGUGAGGCACCGGUCUUUACCCGCCCAAUGCAAGAAAAGUAUGACCCGAUACAGGACGAACUGACACUGGAGUGUUGUGUGCGGGGCGAUCCUGAGCCGGAGACGGUGUGGAUUGUGCAGGGCGUAUUUAUGCGCCACAACACCGGUGGUCGGCUGUACUUCCGGAAGUAUCCGGACGGUCGUCAGCAGCUGAAGAUCUUUCAACCUUCGAAAGAGGACAGCGGGCGGUACGUGUGUCGUGCGAAGAACAGCGUCGAUAAGACGGACAUGGUGUACUACAUCAACUACAAGAACAGCGACGAGGAUGUGCUGAAGGUGUUCGAGGAAGAGUUGCACAAAAAGUCGGAAAAGCCCAUCCUGAGCCGUCAUCUCCGCCCGAAGGAUUGCGAUUACAAUCCGGAGGACGAGGCGCUGAUCAAGUGGUCCGAGUCGCGCAGUCAGCAUGAGAAGGACUACGAUUAUCGGUACAAGCUGCACUUUAUCACGCAGCUGCAGGAUAAGACGGUGCCGGAGGGCUCGAACCUCAAGUUCACGUGCUACGUCGAUGGGAAGUUCCCGCUGUUCAUGUGGUACAAGGAUGAGAUACCGCUCGUGCAGGGCCGCAAGUACCGCCAGAAGACGCGCCGUGACGGCAAGGUUACGCUCGAGAUUGUGAACGUGACGACGGAGGACGCCGGCACGUACAAGCUCGAGGCACGUAAUUACGCCGGUACCAUUGAGUCGAAGUCGGUGGUUAGUGUUUAUGAAAAUCCGUUCACCAAAUUCGUUCCCCCAAUCUUUGCAAGCAACAUCCUAGGUAAUGAGCGUGGCGACGAUGGUACAACACCAUCGCCGAAUAAUGGCCCGGCAGCACCGCCCGGGCGGGAAAAGAAUGAGUACCAGCAGGCUAGUACAAAUCACUACACAGACAAACCGUGUGCUACUAACAGCACUGUCGGUGCAUACACCACCACCCAUCAACGUGCCUCCGCACGCUCAUCGACCAGUGUCGGUUACGAUCACACCAAAGUCAAAGACUACUACCGAAGACAUCAACAUACCGCCACCGAUCAGGCGUACAGCCGCGAUAGCAGGAACACGACCUUCGAGCACCGUCGGCCAUUGCGUGCGUCGAGCACCUACCACAGCACGUACUAUUACGGUUCUGCCCAGGGGCUUGGCCACUCGAGCCAUCACGGCGAGUCGGCGGCUCGUGAGGCAACAAGCACUUCAGACAUCGCGAACCAGCGACAGAGACGCAGCUACUAUCAUGAGCGGUUGACGACCGGAACGCGCCACGAUAGAACGGCGCGAGAUGUACGGAAAUCGCCGAACGUUCCGGAACAGGCCCAGAGUUUGUCGGUGGAGCGGACCGAGUGGCGGACGCGGGAUUGGGCCCGCAUCAAGCGAACCAGUCCGGCGGUGGUUUGUGAGGUGGAUGAUGAUACCAGCAGCGGCAAACACUCGAUCGGCAGGGGCGGUAGUGUCGUGCAAGCUACUACCAGCGCAGCUGAAUCUUCAUUGUCCCGCGAAGAGUCCAAAUCAUUGCGGACAACUGAACGUACCUCACAGCUGCAGCUAUCCACCUCCGACGUGCACAUGUCCGAGUCGGAUCGAACUGGCAGCAAACGGUCACAAACCUACCCGUACCAUUACCGGAUGGACACGUUCGCCACUACGCAGCGCGUCGAAAGUUUCACCUCGCUCGAAAUGUACCAACCGAUCGUACAAACCGUACUGCGCGACCGGCUAGUAAAGCGUGGUUCGAACCUGAUUCUAGUCUGCUCCUUCUGGGGCAUCAACUGUGAGAUCGAAUGGGUGCACAACUACACGAAAAUUAACAGCGGUGCAAAGUAUCGCAUCUCGCGCCACCAGGGCAUGAGCAUACUGGAGAUCUACGACAUCACACACCAGGAGGCGGGCAUGUACAAGUGCGUGGUGCGAAACGAUUGCGGUGAAGACGUUACCAACUGCUGUAUUCUGGUGCUGGACCACAUCCGGAUGUCGUCUACAAAGCAUACGAGACCCGACCGGCAUACGCUGACGAGACGUUACAUUCCGAUCCUGCUAGAAACCUACUCGCUACACUCGAACGAGAUCGUACUGGAGUGCCGGGUCCGUGGUACGCCGCGACCGAACAUUGCCUGGAUCAAGGACGGCGAGUACAUUAUCCCGGGCGACAAGUACGAACAGUACGAUCAUGCGGACGGCACUUGCAAGCUGAUCGUGACGAACCCGGGCGAGGAUGAUUCCGGCACGUACACGUGCGAGGCAGAAAGUGGCGGCUGUAGCGACGCCAUCAGCCACAAUGUGCAGUUCGUGAGCAAGGAGAAGGUGCUGAUGGAGCGCACGCACAGUGUGUACCACCGGAAUCCGAACCUACCGCACUUCUACCAGGGACUGGCCGACUAUUCCAUCCCGUCCGGCGGUAACAUCUGUCUGGUGGUGGAGGUACAGGGCAACUGUGAGGUGCAGUGGUUCCGCGACCGCUAUCCGGUCACCGGCAAACCACCGAAGGUGCGCACGUACAGUGACGGUACCGGCAUCUUCGCCCUGUGCAUUACGGCUGCCACGAUGGAUGCGUCCGGCCGGUACGUGUGCCGUGCGACGAACGCGUUCGGCAAAGCGGAAUCCUCCUCGAACGUGGACAUCAUCAACCCGAACGCGAUCAAGGGCGCGAAGCCACCGAUCUUCAUGUCCCGGCCGCAGCCGGAGAUCAAGAUCAGGCAGGGCGAUUCGCUUUCGAUGGCUUUCAAAAUUAUCGGUGACCCGAAACCAAAGAUUCAAUGGAUGAAGGGCACGAAAGAUUUGACCAACUCACCGCGUACGAUCAAGGAAGUGCACAACGACUACAUUCGAUUCUCGAUCAAGGAAGCGGUCGUAGCGGACGAGGGUGCCUACUUUAUUGUGGCAAGAAACCGACACGGCAUUGAUCGUUCGUUUACUAAAGUAUCGAUCAAGCCACCGAGGGGCUACAAGAAGCACCUGGAAGACGAUCUAGAUCGGGAUGCACCCGAUAAGGGAAGAAAAUAAAUAAACAAAAAAACAAACAUGCAAAGCACAGCGCUGAAACUUUACACUUGUAGUUUCAUCUGGAAUGUUACAUUGUGUUUUGAAGGACGCCUUUGCUUUAACGGAGCGAACUAGUGUGUUUUAGUGCAGCUAAGUUAUCAUUAUUUCAUCGUCCAUACACUGCAGAAUGCAUCAGCAGUUCACCCAACUAGGGUAUCGAAAAUAGUAAUGCGUUUUUUGUUGUUUUGUUUUGUAUAUCUGUACGCACAGAACAGAAGUCAGUGAUCGGCGCUUGGAUGAUUCGAGUGAAAGCAUUGCAAGAAUAUAAUUACCUUGAAUAAGUUUUACUUCCGAUGCCAUAAACCCUUGACCAUCGCCCCCUUUUUAGUAAGAGAGAAGUUUUUGAGUUUGUAUAUGAAUAAAGAAAACGAUUUUAAAAGAAACU